UUCUUAUAGCUGCACUAAGCUGCAUUGUCUGCACUUAAAAUGAAAUACAUUUUUAUUUGACACUUGGUGAGAGAGAGAAGAGAAUAGAAAGUUUACAUACAUUCCGACAAGUGCAGUUAUAAAGAACAGUUAUAAAGAUCUCUUGUGCAGCCUGAGUGCAGCGAAGUGUGGUUCGUCGAUAUGCGACAAGAUGCUGCUUGGUUUGUAAAGAUUUGAGCAAUUUAGAGGAAACUCUCCGAUCGUGUGUUCGCACCGAAAAGAAUCCUCUUAAAUUCGAGGUGCCACGAUGGAUCGCGAACUGGUAGAGAAGUUUAUUGAGGUAACGGGUGAGAGCGAGGCAACAGCACAGCAGUAUCUAUCGUUAGCUGAUGGCAAUGUAGAGAUGGCAAUUAGUUUAAUGUUUGAAAGCGGCAGGCCAUCAGAAAAUGAAAAUGUAAAUCAUGAACCACCAGUAAGAGCUCCUAUUUUACCUACACAAGAGAUAUUAGUGCCAUCAGAGCCAGUGUGUUCAUUUCCAAGAAUAUCAAACAAUGUGUUCGACAGAUUUAGAGACUUUGCAGUAGAAACUCAACGACAAGAGGAAGAAAUGACUCGCAGAGUAUCUGGCAUGAAACAUAUCUGCCCAAGAAAAUCAAAACGAUUAGAAGAUCUGUUCAGACCUCCAUGCAAUAUUCUUUUUCUGGGUACAUUCAUGGAGGCUCGAGACCAUGCUAAGACCCUGAACCGUUGGUUGCUUGUCAAUGUCCAAAAUCCACAGGAGUUCUCUUGCCAAGUGCUCAACAGAGAUGUCUGGCCAAAUCAACAGGUUCAAGAGAUUGUGAAGGAUCAUUUUAUUUUGUGGCAAGUUUUGUCUAAUACAUCAGAUGGAAGACGUUACAUAGAUUUUUACAAUGUAGUGGAGUACCCUUACCUGGCAAUUAUAGAUCCUAGAACAGGAGAAUGUAUGAGGACCUACAAUAAUAUCACGGUGGACAGUUUAAUCUCUGGAUUAAAUGAUAUGUUGAGCACACACGCAUCUCCAGAAAGCGCUUCGCAGGAUACAUCCAGUUCUAAAGAUUGGAACAAUUUUCCUACAUCGCCUCCAAAACGAAAUAUUCUAAUUGAUCAAAUAAAGAACGAUUGUGGAUCCAGCAGUAAAAUUUCCAGACUUUUGUCAGAAAACAUCAUAGAUUCGGAAAACGAAAAUACGGCGUCUGGUAACGUUACAAGCUCAAGUGUUCCAAGCAGCAGCAGCAGUAGCAGCAGCAGCAGCAGCAGCAGCAGCAGCAGCAGUAGCAGUAGUAGUAGCAAUAGUAGCGGUAACACUACCACAAAUACCGUUAUUAAUAAAAAAAGGAGACUGGAUGAAUGCGAGAUUGAUAAAUCUCAGCAGAAGGAGGAAAAAGUAAAGUCAAACACAGCUAAAGCUGGAACAAGUGAUGAACCUUUCUUACGACUCUGCUUACGACUGCCAAAUGGUACGAGGGAAACGAUAUCGAUAUGCGCGACAGAAACUAUAGAGGACUUCUUGGUUAAAAUGGACGAAAUGGGAUUCCCACCAACGGAGCAUACCUAUUUAGUGCCGUAUCCGAAAACAAACGUCGGCGCACUAUCUCCAAACAUCCGUCUGUUAGAUACAAUUUUAUUCCCAGCGAAUACAGUAUUCAUAACGAAGAUAUAGUAACAUCCCGUGGAACGAACUGUGCUUCCACUAUGAUUUUUUAACUCAAGCGUAAAUAGGUUUAUAGAAAUUCGGCACGCUGAUGCAUACUUAAAACUUCGGGAAUUAAAUUUAUUUCUCAAACAAUUAAGAAACAAAUUUUGGAAUUUUUCUCAGUUAUAUGUUUCUUCUAUUUAUUUAAUGUGUUCCCCCAAAUUUAAGACGCGCGAUGUUACUUCAAGAUCUACGAUGAACAGUAAAGCACUGCCACUUUGGUGUUCAUUUCGUGUAGAAACUUUGCUCGGUGAUCUUUCUACUUUAGGAUAAGGUCUUAACUGUGAAAGAAGUAUAGUUACAACGUGGGUAUUUAUGAGAAAUCGUUAGCUGCAUAUGCUGUGUAUAUCUAUAAUCAUUAUCGUUAAUAAUCUCAUUACUAUUUUAUUCUUUUUUUUUUUUAAUGUUUGGCCAAUUUCAUAAAUACCGUCCAUAUCAUUGUGUAUGUAUAGCAGUUUCGAUAUUUAUUCCCUGCGAAAAUAUUUCGAUAUGACGCAAGUGACAAAUCUGUAUAUUCUGGCAGAUAUUUCAUAAAAUUUUAUUAUGCAAUAAAUUUCGCGAUUUUAUUAUGUAAUGAAAGUGAAACAUUUUACGGUAUUCUACGUACGAAAGAAAACUUUGGCCAAUGUGAUUCAAGCGACAAGAACCAAGUAAAAGUUCAUAUUGCGGUAUAUUGUAGCUGUGAGAUUAGUCAAUGGUAACAAUUCUAUACAUUGCCGAUAGUACAAGAUAUUAUGUCAAUGUGCGAUCUUCGUCGAGAUUAAUUAAUCGGUUCAAACUUAAAACUGCCGGUAUAAUUAAGAUAGAUAUAGAUCGUGAUAUUUUACGAGUAUUGAUUGUAACUAAUAUCGACAGUAUACCGGUGUUAUCCAACGACUGCAGUAACGUCUCAUGUGCACUAUGCAUCUGUAUUUAUACUUAUUUUUCAGUGUAUAAUAUUACAUAAUUACAUACUGUACAAUCUAGUAAGGAAAGGUAUCUCUUCGAAUUUACGUGUCUUAUAUUGUGUAUCUAUAUAUAUAUAUAUUAAACGGAUAUUAAAUAUAGAA